UUUCAUUGAUACCAACGUUGCAAAGUAAUAAUAAGAAUGGUUUGAAAGAUUUAAAAUCACCUAUAUUUUCUGUAAUGUUUCCGUAAAAUGUUUACUGAAUGUACUUUGAGUGUCCACAAUAUUAAUAAUAGUGAUCACGUUGUAGCCAUUCGAUUUACUUAAGAAAAUAGUCGAGUUUUCUUCAAUGUUGAUACACCUACUCGAAACAAACAAUAUGGUUGAUGGAGAGCGCAGGUGUUUCGGGAUGUAAAUACGUGAGAAACCUGAGUAUUUCGAAGGCUCGUACUCAGAUAUUAACAAGACAGAAAAAAAACAAAACAUUUUUAUACUAAAAUCAGAGUAAGAGAAUUAAACAUUUUUCAAUAUGACGGUGGACAAACAGGAGUAUCCAAAAGCAUCUAAUGCUUUGGUAUUUGGAUCAAUGCUCACUUACAUUGCUGGCAUGUUGCUGAUGAUGUCAUUUGCCAGUCCAUAUUGGAUCCAGUCAUAUCAAGAAACUUUUUCAAAUUUUAAACAUAUGGGUUUAUGGGAGUAUUGUUUUGACCAAUUUCGAUUCCCAGCAUAUCAGUUUGACAAGACAUUUGAUGGCUGUCACUACAUUUUUAGUGAAGAAUAUUAUGUUAUACGAGAAUGGCUAUUACCAGGUUGGCUGAUGGCAGUACAGGCCUUUGUCACCUUGGCUCUGAUGCUCUCUUUUGCAUCCCAAAUAGCUUUGGCAUUAGUACUAAUUCGUUGGCCUCUACGACCAGUACUUCUGUAUCAGUGGUUUAUUGCUGGUGUGUGUGCUAUUGCAACAGUAUGUGCUGCUGCUCUUUUAUUUUUGUCUGUGGCCAUUUUUGGAGGAGAAUGCUGGCGACGUGACUGGCUAAUGUAUCCAAAUUAUAAUUAUUUGAGUUGGUCAUAUGGACUUGCAGUUAUUUCAUUUUUCUUCCAUUUAUUUGCAUCUGGCUUACUUUAUUUGGAUGCACGCAAAGGUUGGGAAUUGCGUCAGGAGAGUAAAAAUCUGGUGAUGCAGAUGUACCCACGCCCUGAUUCUCGUAAUAAUGGAUAUGUAUAAAUCAUAUUAUGAGAGACUGUAAGAAUGUGAAUCUCUUUAACAUUUAUUAAAUGUUGCUUAUUAUGAAACUGGGCAAAAUGUAUACACUUGAGGCCUAGUAGUGUUUCAUCUAUUAUUGAAGUUACAUUGCAUUUUACAUAUUUUAUAUAAUUCCGUCCAUUUUUUAAGUAUUAAGCGAACGCACUCUUUUGUAUUAUUUGGAAAAUAUAUUCAAUUAAAUUCUUUUAUCUGGGUUAUAUUUUCAC